CUUCUCCUCUCGUCUCCAGUUGUCCGCUCCCCAGUCCCCAAGCCCAACAACUCCAUCACCCCCGCUCAGCAGGCAGCAGCCAUGGACGACACCCACGAGCCCGCUUCGCCGACCUCCCCCUCCGCCUCUUCGACGUCCUCGUCGUCGUCCUCCUCCUCCGUGGCGCCGAAGAAGCGGCCGCGCAAGGACGGUUGCCAGCACCCGACGUACCGCGGCGUGCGCAUGCGGAGCUGGGGCAAGUGGGUGUCCGAGAUCAGGGAGCCCCGCAAGAAGUCGCGCAUCUGGCUCGGCACCUUCGCCACCGCGGAGAUGGCCGCGCGCGCGCACGACGUCGCCGCGCUCGCCAUCAAGGGACGCGCCGCGCACCUCAACUUCCCAGACCUCGCGCACCUGCUCCCGCGCCCGGCCACCGCGGCGCCCAAGGACGUCCAGGCCGCGGCAACGCUCGCCGCGGCCGCCGACUUCCCCUCAUCAGGCGUCAAUGCCAAGAGCCCCGAGAGAAGCAGCUCCGACGCCAGCGCUGCCUCGCCGCUUCCGCCUCAGUCGGGUGUAGAGCCGGACCCGGACGACGCGCUGUUUGACCUCCCGGACCUGCUCCUGGACCUGAGGUGUGGCUCGUCUGCGGCUCUAUCGUGCGCGUCGUCGUGGGCCGUCGACGACGACAUGGCCGGCGCCGGCGUGUUCCGCCUCGAGGAACCGCUGCUGUGGGAAUACUGAUCAAUGUCACUGCGUGAGUUCAUGGAGCAGUCGCCAUCCAUCAGUUACUUAAUGCAUCGCUCUUAAAGUAUUAGAUUGAUCGGAGACUUGUAGUUUGUGAAUGCUUCUGCUUUCUUCUGCUCUCCUCUGUUUUUCUUUUCUUCUUUUGUAAGUUUUGUUCUGCUUUUCUUUACUAAAUUUAGGAACCGAGCUUGUAAAAAGUUAGUUUCUUUUUUCUUUCCUUGCUUGAUUUGGGGGACAAGAAUAUGUAUAAUUAGCAAGAAUCUUAUCUUCCAU